AUGCUUCAAGGUGCUGCCAGUUCAGAUGAAGUAUGCGGGAACCCAGGAAAUACCCUACGUAUUGUUGGGGGCCAACCAGCCUUAGAGAGGGUCUGGCCCUGGCAAGUCAGCAUUUCAGUGAAAAACAGUCCGAAAAACCUACAACAACCCAAAAAUAUCCAUCUUUGUGGAGGCACCCUCAUCGCCAGGCAAUGGGUGCUGUCAGCAGCUCACUGCUUCCCAUGGAAUCUUGAUUUCACUAAGAUAAUAACUGUUCGGCUAGGUAUUUACCAACUGGCAAAUGAUUCGAAGGACACUGUGACUUCUACAGUUCAACAGGUUAUCAUCCAUCCCAACUACACCAGCAAAGCAGGUUCAGGUGCAGACAUUGCUUUAGUGGAGCUCACUUUCCCAGUGAAGUAUUCAGAUGCCAUCCUCCCAGUCUGUCUGCCAACGUCCUCUAUGCAAUUCUCUACAGGUGCAAGAUGUUGGGUCACUGGAUGGGGAGACAUUCAGCAAGAAGUGCCACUGAAGCCCCCACAAACUCUUCAGCAAGUGGAGAUGCCAAUCUUGGACCGAGAUAAAUGCAACAUGCUCUUUAACAGAUCCCAGCUGAAGGAUGUGGAAGACAAUCCUGUCAAGUCUGAUAUGAUCUGUGCUGGACAUUUGGAAGGUGGCAAAGAUUCUUGCCAGGGUGAUUCUGGAGGACCCUUGGUUUGCAAUCACAAUGGAGUCUGGAUCCAGGCCGGUGUUGUGAGUUGGGGAAUUGACUGUGGUAAACCCAAUCUCCCCGGUGUCUACGCCUCAGUUCCUUUUUAUGCUGAUUGGAUCCAAGCAAAGAUUGGAGUGUCUCAUAACAACACUGAUAUAAAAAGGAAUGGGGGGCUGUCCAAAACCCCCAGUGUGACACUCAUCUUGGUCUCUUUUGCGCUAUUGCUCCAUGACACAAACCCUGAUGAAUAUUACCUGUUAUUUGGAGCCUAUGAACUCUUCAACCUCUCAAACAAUGUGGUACUCAGACGUGUGAAAAAGAUUAUCCUCCAUUAUAACUACAAUGGUGAUGUUGGCUCCAGUGGGGACAUCGCUUUACUUCAACUCUCAUUCCCUGUGGAUUUCACCAACAACAUCCUCCCUGUUUUGCCAUUAAAGGACCCAAUGACCCUCCAGGAAGUGAACCUGCCUCUCAUCAAGCGAGAAACCUGCAAUAUUUAUUAUAAUAGGGUUCCAGUCCAAGGCAUGAGCUAUAAUCCUGUGAAGGCUGAUAUGUUAUGUGCUGGUUAUGAAAUGGGCGGGAAGGGUUCCUGCCAGGGUGAUUCUGGAGGACCUUUGGUUUGCAACGUACAAGGAAGCUGGUUUCAGGCUGGAAUUGUGAGCUGGGGAGUAGGCUGUGCCCUGCGCAACUACCCCAGUGUCUACACAUCAGUGCCUUACUAUGCCAAGUGGCUCAGUGCUGGUUUGGAAGGUCAUGAUCCAAAUAGUGCUGUUUUGGAAGUUUGUGGACAACCAGUGAUCUCUGGACGGAUUGUUGGGGGCCAAGCAGCCCCAAAUGGGGCAUGGCCUUGGCAAGUCACCGUUUUACGUUCUACCUAUUUUGUAUGUGGAGGCUCUCUCAUAGACAAGGAGUGGGUGUUGUCAGCAGCACACUGCUUCUACAAUGACACAAACCCUGAUGAAUAUCUCCUGUUAUUUGGAGCCUAUGAACUCUUCAACCUCUCAAACGAUGUGGUAGUCAGACGUGUGAAAACGAUUAUCUUCCAUUAUAACUACAAUGGUGAUGUUGGCUCCAUUGGGGAUAUUGCUUUACUUCAACUCUCAUUACCUGUGGAUUUCACCAACAACAUCCUCCCUGUUUGUAUGCCAAAGUCAUCUUCAGAAUUCUAUGCAAACACCAAUUGCUGGGUGACAGGAUGGGGAAAUACACAAUACAAAGGUGAGAAAUUGCCAUUAAAGGACCCAAUGACCCUCCAGGAAGUGAACCUGCCUCUCAUCAAACGAGAAACCUGCAACAUUUAUUAUAAUAGGGUUCCAAUCCAAGGCAUGAGCUAUAAUCCCGUGAAGGCUGAUAUGUUAUGUGCUGGUUAUGAAAUGGGUGGGAAGGGUACCUGCCAGGGUGACUCUGGAGGACCUUUGGUUUGCAACAUACAAGGAAGCUGGUUCCAGGCUGGAAUUGUGAGCUGGGGAGUAGGCUGUGCCCUGCGCAACUACCCCAGUGUCUACACAUCAGUGCCUUACUAUGCCAAUUGGAUCAGUGCUGGUUUGGAAGGUCGCGAUCCAAAUAGUGCUGUUUUGGAGGGUAAGCAAUCCAAAUAG